GGACCCUGCAACCCGCUUUGGGCCGGGCCUCGGGACGGGCGCCCUUGCGCAGCAGGCUCCUAGGACCGGGUCAGCCUAGGUCACAGUCCCCACGGCCUUUAGAUGAAGCGCGAUGAGGUCCCCAAAGGUACCACUACCACGUGACUAUGAGACCUGCGUCAGGUAUCUCAGCUGUACAACGAGUCUUGUGGGGGUUGCUGUGAGGAGUAAACAAGAACUGUCAGAGCCAGACGAACAGGAAGAAGGACAAACUACAGCGGCCUCCCACCUUGGACAGAACCCGGCCACACGCCGAGCCGCCCUAGGGCUCUGCGCAGGCGCACUGCGGGAGACCCGGCCGGACCGCCAGCCCUUUUGCGGCUGCGCACAGGACUGGUUUUGCGGCCUUGCUGCUUGACGGCCGCGGUAUCCGCCCACACGGGCUGUGUUGCCGGGUGACGGCGAGCGCGUGGACUUAGGCCGACCGCGGUGCUUCCCAAGCCUGGAUAUAAAUGAUCAGAGUAUUAUUAGCUGUUUCUUUAAAGAGCCCUUGCCCUUGAGGGAUGGCGGAGGCUGUGUUCCAUGCCCCAAAGAGGAAAAGAAGAGUGUAUGAGAGCUAUGAGUCUCCUCUGCCGAUCCCCCUCGGUCAGGACCCAGGUCCUCGGAAGGAAUUCAGGGUGUUCCGGGCCGAGAUGAUCGACAGCCACGUGAUCGUGCGGAGCCCUGCGGACAUGGAGCAGCUGCACGGGAAAGGCUAUUUUGGAAAAGGCACUCUCUCAAGAAGCCGGCCCAGCUUCUCAGUGUCGGACCCCAGGCUGGCUGCUGGAAGGAAAGAUGUGGAGACAAACAUGCCCAUCAUCACUUCGGAGAAGUACCAGCAUCGUCUGGCAUGGGCUGCAGAUCUCCUGCGCAGACAGGGCCAGGAUGAGAGCACUGUGCGCCGAGUCCUCGAGGAGUACACAAGGCCACUUGAGCAUCCAGGUGGAGAGAGCAGUGCAGAGGGACAACCUCCGGCCAGGCUCACAGCAGGGACCGGGGGACUUCUGGGGAUGGAUGGAGCCUCUGGAACCACAAAGGAGACGGGAGAGUCCAGGUUGAAGACCCUCGGGGAGCACACAGGAGAGGACCCAGCUCCUGCAUCCCAGGUCCCUGGCUGUGCACAGGAUGCGCUCAGCCUGCAGUGUGGACUUCUGCCUCUGGACAGCAACCUCCAUGCCAGAGGGGCGGAGCCAGGGCCAGAGUUUGUGCUGGUGGAGGAGGGGGUGAGCGGCAGGAGUGAGGAGGAGAACACCUCGGCAACGGAAGAGUUGGUGCAAAGGAAGAGAUUAAUAUGCAGAAGAAACCCCUACAGGAUCUUUGAGUAUCUGCAGCUCAGCCUGGAAGAGGCUUUCUUCCUGGUCUACGCACUGGGGUGUCUGAGUAUCUACUACAAGAAGGAACCCCUGACGAUCGUGAAGCUCUGGAAAGCAUUCACAGCAAUUCAGCCCACAUUCAGGACGACCUAUGGGGCCUACCACUACUUCCGGAGCAAGGGCUGGGUGCCCAAGACGGGGCUCAAGUAUGGGACAGAUCUGUUGCUGUAUCGGAAAGGCCCUCCAUUUUACCAUGCAAGCUAUUCUGUCAUCGUGGAGCUCGUGGAUAAGGGCUUUGCAGGCCCGCUCCGCAGACCUUUCACUUGGAAGUCACUGGCUACCCUCAGCAGAGUUUCCGGCAACGUCUCCAAGGAACUUAUGCUGUGCUACUUGAUUAAACCCUCCACCAUGACAGAUGAAGACAUGGAGUCCCCAGAAUGUCUGAGGAGAAUUAAGGUCCAGGAGGUGAUUCUCAGUCGGUGGGUGUCUUCCCGAGAGAGAAGCGACCAAGACGAGCUGUAGCAACCCACACUCGGGCCUCUCGUGCCACCAACAGCAGGGUACAGGGCGAGGUAGAAAGUCAUUCCGCUGGGAUCACCCAUCCAUAGUUUGAAAGGGCACAAUGAUCUCAGCACCAGAAAACUGGUUGUAUUGUAAAAGAUAAAGCUACAGCAGUCAGCGAUAGGACUCAAAAGUAUGUGAGCUUAGCCCACACAAGGCCCUGGACUCCAUCCUGACACUGAAACAGUAAAAGAUGAGAAGAGAAAGGCCUGUGCUGGGGCUACAGAUUCUGUCCUCGAGCCGGUCACAGACCUCUGACUGAGCGGAGCUUUCUGCCCCUGUCCUCACCCAGAUGUCAGAUGUGGCCACUUGACCCCUCUGAGGACUGCCCUUCACCAAAGGAGGUCUGCUCUCAAGUUUACCUGGAGAUGGGAGUGCACUCUGCAGUGUAUGAAACGCCAUUGUACACAGGUAUCUCUUGCUACCCACCUCUAAUCUGCUCCACAGAGGGCAUCAGAACAGAUUCAGGGACCACCGGACUCCGCCGUGUUCCCAUUACUUCAAAUGGAAGAGGCAUGAGCACGUCUCAGCUUUUCCAAAGACUUCAGCCGUUGAGGCGACACAGAGUUAUAUUGUUUCAGAGGUAGCUUCAGUCUGUGACUGCUUUUAUUGUGAGAUCAAAUAUCCUUGAUAUAUUAACAGCAAUUUUGAUAAGUGUGGACUCUACAUUAAGGGUGCUGGAAUUCACAUCUGCCAUCUGCCAUGUACAAGGGUGGCCUGGGAAGCCUGCAGUACAGCUCCUCGUCAUCUCAUCUGGAAACUUCAGGGUCACAUUUCGGGUGCUAGAGAUCCCACGUGAAGAAAUGGCAAACGGGAGCCAGCGGAACACGGAAGUGUCUUUGGGACAUAGUAUGUCCACAGAAAUAAUGGCUGGCAUUUUCGUUAUUUUGGAGCUCCGCAUAACAUGUGACUUGGGACACCUAGUGCGGUUCUCAACUCUGUCCCUACCCAGGGAGAAAGAUAUAAACAUUACCAAAAUAGUGGCAUAUAUUUGUGGUCUGUGUCGAAAGAACUCAUGGGUGUUAGGUGUCUUUCUUACUGUCCCCAAGGCAGUGAUAUGCAUCAGAGGCAGGGUAUAGGCACGUCAGGGUAACCAGCCUGUCCAGGCAGAGUUAGUUACAGUUAGCAGGGACAUAGUUAAAAAUCUGUUAUGUUUUGUUUUGUUUUGUUGUUUUCCUUCGGGCUCUGAACUCCCUAUUUAUUUAUUUAACAGUGCUGGGGCUUGAAUGCAGGAUCUUCCCACUGAGCAACAUCCCCAGCCCUUUUUCUUUCUUAUCCCAAGACAAAGUCUCACCAGGUGGUCCAGACUGGGCCUGACUUUGCAAUCCUCCUGCCUCUGUCUUCAUUUUAGAAUUGUGGAAGCUGAAGUGGGAAGAAGUUAGUAACGCAGAGCAGCAGAGAUUGGGCAGGAAAGCAAACCAUCUCCUGCCACCAGUCCCAGGAGGUUGCGGGUGCUGUACAGAACCACUGUGAAAAUAGAGUCAAGGUGAAAUAGAAACUCAGUGUUGUUUUAAUUUGCAUUUCUCAAAUUACUUCUUCAUCUGAGAAAUGUC